GUGGUGACGUCAUACAAACUGCGCCGCGACGUUUUCGUUUUGCUGCUCUGUGACAGAUGAAAGGUGACACCGAAAAGUUUCCAGAUGUGCCUGACACAACUCUUGUAGAGAUGGAGUUUAUUAAAGUGGAGAUUGUGGACAUGAGUGAUCCAGAACGGUGCAAAGUGAAAGAUGAAGAUCAUGAGGAACAGAGAGACCAGAUGGAGGUGAAAGAGGAAAGAGAAGAACCGAGUGACAUCAAGGAGAACCACUUUAUUGAAGACUUUAAAGUUGGAGAAGAGUCUUUAACUGAAACAACAGAAGCCAAAAAUUCUUUCUCCUGCCCUCAGUGUGAAAAGACCUUCACACAUAAAGGAAACCUUAGGGAUCACAUAAAAAUUCACAUCGGAGAGAAGCCUUAUGUGUGCAGUCUGUGUGGAAAAAGUUUCAUUCACAAAGGAAGCCUUAAUGGUCACAUGAGAAUUCACACUGGAGAGAAACCGUUCACAUGCCACUUGUGUGGAAAGAGUUUCACAUGUAAAGGAAGCCUUACUUGUCAUGUGCGGAUUCACACCGGAGAGAAGCCUUUCACUUGCCCUCAGUGUGAAAAGAGCUUCUCACAUAAAGGAAGCCUUAAGUGUCACAUGAGAAUUCACAUCGAAGAAGGGCCUUUUGCUUGCAAUCAGUGCGGGAAGAAUUUCACACAGCAAGAAUACCUUAACAAUCACAUAAUGAUUCACACUGCAGGGAAACCGUUCACAUGCCAUCUAUGUGGAAAGGGUUUAACUUGUAAAGGAAGUCUCAAGUGUCACAUGCGAAUUCACACCGGAGAAAAGCCGUUCGCGUGCCUUCAGUGUGGAAAGAGCUUCACAAAUAAAGGAAACCUUAAGAUUCAUGCAAGGAUUCACACCGAAGAGAGCCCACUGACUUGCCUUCAAUGUGGAAAGUGUUUCACGCAUAAAGAAAACUUAAGGUGUCACAUGAGAGUCCACACCGGUGAGAAGCCCUUCACGUGUCAUCAGUGCGGAAAGAGCUUUGCUCGUAAAGUUAUCCUUCAGAAUCACAUAAAAACUCACUCCGGAGUGAAGCCUUACACAUGCAACCAGUGCGGAAAGAGCUUCACAGAUAAAGGGUACAUAAAGCGCCACAUGCGAAGUCACACUGGAGAGAAGCCCUUCACAUGUCCUCAGUGUGGAAAGACUUUCACGCAUAAAGGAAACCUUAAAAUUCACAUCAGAAUUCACACCGGAGAGAAACCCUCCAAGUGUCCUCAAUGCGGAAAGAGCUUCACACAUAAAGGACAGCUUAAGGAUCACAUGAGAAUCCACACUGGAGAAAAGCCAUACACGUGUCCUCAGUGCGGAAAGAGCUUCAAAUGUAAAGGACACCUCAAGACUCACAUAAGAACUCACACCGGAGAGAAACCUUACACGUGCCGCGAGUGUGGCAAGAGCUUCACCGUUCAGAGAAGCCUGACCAUGCACAUGAAAUAUCAUUCUGGAGAUAAAUUGUAUGAGUGCUCUGAGUGCGGCAAGAGGUUUGCAGAGAGCAAUACCUUUAAAACACAUUUGCUCAUUCACUCUGAAGAACGGCCAUUUAGUUGCGAUCAGUGCGGGAAAAAGUUUAUUCUGGCGGCGCGAUUAAAAGCACACCUGAAGCUUCAUACGCAUGAGAGACCCUACUUAUGCUCUCUGUGUGGAGAGAGUUUCAAACUGCUCGGCAGCUUAAAAUCACACCAGAAAAUACAUGCUAGUGAGAAAUCACAUGUGUGUCCUGAGUGCGGUAAGGCUUUUACCAGAGCAACAUACUUGAAACGGCACCAGCGGACACAUGCUGGAGAAAACCCUGGCAUGGGUUCAUUCGUUCAAGAACCCUAAAGCUACAAGAAUGCAUAAAGGAGAGUAGCCAAGCCAAUGAUUGGUGGACUGGCAUUCAACCCGACUGUGUGACAAACAGUUUGGAAAAUGGAUUUUAAGCACAUCUAUUUAUCUACUUCACAUUUUUCAAGAGUAGAGCAUUGUGAAGUUUGUCUUCGGUAAUGAGUAAAUGGUGUGAGAUUCAGAUGUAGACAAAAGUAGAAUUUCACCCAAAAUGGUGCUUUUUUAAGAGGGGUUAAAUAACCUAAUGCUGAUAUUUAUGCUCUUCAAACAAAUGUGAUGCAAGUUAAAAUGCUACCGUAUUUUUUGGACUAUAAGUCGCACCUCAGUAUAAGUAGUAUCAGUCCAAAAAGAUGUCAUGACGACGAAAAAAAAAACAUAUAUAAGUGGCACUAGACUAUAAGUCACAUUUAUUUAGAAUCAAGAGAAAACAUUACCGUCUCCAGCCGCGAGAGGGCGCUCUCAGUGUAGACUACAGGAGCACACAGCAGUAUAGAGCACCCUCUGGCGGCUGCAGACGGUAAUGUUUUCUCUUGGUUCAUUUCUCUCGGUUCAUGUCAAAUUAAUUUUGAUAAAUAAGUCGCACCUGACUAUAAGUCGCAGGACCAGCCAAACUAUGAAAAAAAGUGUGACUUAUAGUCCGGAAAAUACGGUAGUUAAACAUGCCAUUUAUACCACUAAGACACUAAGAAAUUGUCAUUUUGACAUACAAUAAAUAUUUAAAGGUGCCAUAUAAUGCAUUAAUACAAUAUUAUAAAUUGUUCUCUUAUGUCUGCAUAGAAGAUAUGUGGCUAAGGUAAGAGCAACAAAUCUCCAGAAACAGUUUUACAUGUCCAUUGACAACAUUAGGAUUUGUCCCUAGAAUGAAAUGGUCAGUUUUUACCAUAGACUGUUUAAAAACAUGGACGUAGUGUCCUUGACAUCACCCAUAAUUUUCCGAAGAGCGUUUUUGAAGCCAAAAGUGAGAGCAAAACCAAAAUCCUGACAGCGCAUCACUGCAUGAAAAUCCCGGAUAAUCAAAAAUGGGUAGAAGACGGGAGCUGGUUUUUGAAACCUCGGCCCCCCUAGCGUGACAUCGGUGACAGUAGCGGCAAUCCACCUGUCACUCAAGUGGCCACGCCCUUAAUUAUGCAGAACUUUAAGGCUAAAUAUGAUUUAAACGGAUGAGUUAUAAAUAAAUUCACCCCCUCACAGUUGUCAUGAAGGGCAAAGUUAGCUAUAUAGACCAAAAGUCUGUUAUGUUCUGAUUCGCCUAUUUUUCAUUGGCCUUUUGCUGCACAAAAUUUACAUAAGGAGGAGGAAACUAUGAGGUUUGAGGCUCAUGGUAUGUCAUUUCCAUGUACAGAACAGUUAUUAUUCAGCUAUGUCAAGGUAAAUACAGUUUUCCAUUCUGUGGCACCUUUAAAAUUCCAUAUUGUUGCUGCUUUUGUCAAAUAUAAAAGAACACUGAACAACUAUUGUUGAUGCCCAUAAUUAUAGGAAUAAUUGAUCUAAUAAUGAAAAUAAAAAUUGCUGUUAAUUUAGGUACUCCCAGCCCUUACAAGAUGAAGGCUAUUUUUAUAAGGUUAUAUAUCUUCUGUAGAACAUGAAGAAGAUUUUAAGCUAAAACCAUGGUUUUUGGUGAUUAAUAAAAUAUAAGUAAAUGACUAUCGUCACUUUGAGAUUGAAAAAAACAAAACAUAUCAAGAAGCACAAAAUGAAUAGCCGUGGUUCUUGAUGAUAUAUAUUGAGGUCUUAUGAAGCAAAACAAUGAAUCUGUGCAAGAAAAUGAACAUUGUUUUCAAAAUUAUUACCUGUAAUCCAGAGCCUCAAGGAAACUUGAAACUUUGAUGCUUUUCCAUGCUUCGCUCACAAAUUGAACAAGCAAGCUACUCAUUAAAGAUGCACAUACCUGAGUUUUCUCUUUUAUAAGUGGAAAAGAAAGCUGGUUUUCUGUGCAAUCACAUUUCAAUAGCUGUAGUAGGUUAUAUUCCCUCCUUUGUAAAUAUUUUUGUAUUGCAUGUCUUAGCCCUUUAGUAAAAUAAUUGUUUGGUGUAUGUUCUAUAUGAUUGCUGAAUGAAAAUAAAGUUAAUCUUGACUUA